CUCAGUCUGACUCUCAUCUUCUAGUAAACAUGAGUCAAUACGUCCAUGUACCAAAAUCCGAGCUAGACGAGGCUCAGCUUCGACAAUUGGAAGAACACGAAAUCUCGCAAGGCCCAUUGUCAGUUCUUCAACAAGCGGUCCGCAACCACGCUCAAGUCCUCAUUUCCCUGCGAAAUGACAAGAAACUCCUUGCCAGGGUGAAGGCUUUCGACAGGCAUAGUAAUAUGGUACUUGAAAAUGUGAAAGAGAUGUGGACAGAAAUACCAAAGGGAAAGAACAAGAAGCCAGUAAAUAAGGACCGGUUCAUCAGCAAAAUGUUUUUACGCGGUGACUCGGUCAUCCUCAUCUUGCGAAAUCAAGCAUGAGAUGUCUGACUUAAUAUUUACGUGGAAAAUGGCGGAAAAUGGCGCAGGUAUUCACAAUGUCAAUAAAUCUCAAGUCAACGUUUACUCC